GCGAGCGGCUGCGGUUCGCAAAGCAGCCCGCCACCUCGCGUCACUUCUUCACCGCAAAUUUUCGCCUGUGCACUUGACAGCGAUCGUACUAAAGCUCCCAGAGCGCGCUUUGCUCAGGGAGGAACAGGUAGGAGGCGCGGGCUGCCCCGUGCACGCUCGCUGCUCUGGGAGGAGUCUCCCGGUCUUGGUUGGCUGUCCUUUCUGGGAACUGCCCAUUGUCCCGGGCGUUGGUGUGUGGGCUACAAGGGGACAGUGCUUGCCGUGGGAGCCGGGCUUAGUCCCAUCCCAGAGCGCGUCUGUGCGCGGCCCGGCGCCAUGCUUCUCCUGGGCAUCUCAAUCCUGGCUCUCGCCUGGCGACCUGCUGGCAGCUCGGAGCCAGAGUGGGAGGUGGUCGUUCCAAUCCGACGGGACCCGGACAUCAAUGGCCGCCACUACUACAGGAGGGGUACGGAGGACUCCGGGGAUCAGGGUUUCAUUUUUCAGAUAACAGCUUUUCAGCAGGACUUUUAUCUACACCUGACGCCGGAUGCCCAGUUCCUGGCUCCCGCCUUUGCUACUGAGUAUCUGGGUGUCCCCCUGCAGAGGCUCACUGGCAGCUCUCUAGACCUACGACGCUGCUUCUAUUCCGGGUAUGUGAACGCGGAGCCAGACUCCUUUGCUGCUGUGAGCCUAUGCGGGGGUCUCCGCGGAGCCUUUGGCUACCGAGGUGCGGAGUAUGUCAUUAGCCCUCUGCCCAACACCAGCGCGCCAGAGGCGCAGCGUCACAGCCAGGGCGCACACCUUCUCCAGCGCCGGGGUGCUCCUGGAGGGCCUUCCGGAGACCCAACUUCUCGCUGCGGGGUGGCCUCGGGCUGGAACCCCGCCAUCCUGAGGGCUCUGGACCCUUAUAAGCCACGGCGGACGGGCUUUGGGGAGAGUCACAAUCGGCGCAGGUCUGGGCGCGCCAAGCGCUUCGUGUCUGUACCACGGUACGUGGAGACACUGGUGGUGGCGGACGAGUCAAUGGUCAAGUUUCACGGCGGGGAUUUGGAACAUUAUCUGCUGACGCUGCUGGCCACCGCGGCGCGUCUCUACCGCCACCCCAGCAUCCUCAACCCUAUCAACAUCGUUGUGGUCAAGGUGUUACUCUUAGGAGAUCGUGACACUGGGCCCAAGGUCACAGGCAACGCGGCCCUGACUCUACGCAACUUCUGUGCCUGGCAGAAAAAGCUGAACAAAGUGAGCGACAAGCAUCCUGAGUACUGGGACACAGCCAUCCUCUUCACCAGACAGGACCUAUGCGGGGCUACCACCUGUGACACCUUGGGCAUGGCUGAUGUGGGCACCAUGUGUGAUCCCAAGAGAAGUUGCUCUGUCAUCGAGGAUGAUGGGCUUCCGUCAGCCUUCACCACUGCUCAUGAGCUGGGCCAUGUGUUCAACAUGCCUCAUGACAAUGUGAAGGUGUGUGAGGAGGUGUUUGGGAAGCUCAGAGCCAACCACAUGAUGUCUCCAACACUCAUCCAGAUUGACCGUGCCAACCCCUGGUCAGCCUGCAGUGCUGCCAUCAUUACUGACUUCCUGGACAGUGGGCAUGGUGACUGUCUCCUGGACCAGCCCAGCAAGCCCAUCACCCUGCCUGAGGACCUGCCAGGCACAAGCUACAGUUUGAGCCAGCAGUGUGAGCUGGCCUUUGGGGUGGGCUCUAAGCCCUGCCCAUAUAUGCAGUACUGUACAAAGCUGUGGUGCACUGGCAAGGCCAAGGGGCAGAUGGUGUGCCAGACCCGCCACUUCCCCUGGGCAGAUGGUACUAGCUGUGGUGAAGGCAAGUUCUGCCUCAAGGGAGCCUGCGUGGAGAGACACAAUCCAAACAAGUACCGGGUGGAUGGCUCUUGGGCCAAAUGGGAGCCUUACGGUCCCUGCUCGCGCACCUGCGGUGGAGGUGUGCAGCUGGCCCGGAGGCAGUGCAGCAACCCUACCCCUGCCAACGGUGGAAAGUACUGCGAGGGAGUAAGAGUGAAAUACCGAUCUUGCAACUUGGAGCCCUGCCCCAGCUCAGCCUCUGGGAAGAGCUUCCGGGAAGAGCAAUGUGAAGCUUUCAAUGGCUACAACCACAGCACCAACAGACUCACUUUAGCUGUGGCAUGGGUACCUAAGUACUCAGGCGUGUCACCACGUGACAAGUGUAAGCUCAUCUGCAGAGCCAACGGUACCGGCUACUUCUAUGUCCUAGCACCUAAGGUGGUAGAUGGUACACUGUGUACUCCUGACUCCACCUCGGUCUGUGUCCAAGGCAAGUGCAUCAAGGCUGGCUGUGAUGGGAACCUGGGCUCCAAGAAGAAAUUUGACAAAUGCGGGGUGUGUGGUGGAGACAAUAAGAGCUGCAAGAGGGUGACAGGACUCUUCACCAAGCCUAUGCACGGCUACAAUUUUGUAGUGGCUAUCCCUGCAGGCGCCUCCAGCAUUGACAUCCGCCAGCGUGGUUACAAGGGGCUUAUUGGGGAUGACAACUACCUGGCCCUGAAGAACAGCCAAGGCAAAUACCUGCUCAAUGGGCACUUUGUGGUAUCUGCUGUAGAGCGGGACCUGGUGGUAAAGGGGAGUGUACUACGCUAUAGUGGCACUGGCACUGCGGUGGAGAGCCUGCAGGCUUCUCGACCCAUCCUGGAGCCACUAACCGUGGAGGUCCUGUCUGUGGGGAAGAUGACACCGCCUCGUGUGCGUUAUUCCUUUUACCUGCCCAAAGAGCCACGGGAAGACAAAUCCCCUCGCCCCAAGGACCCUCGGGGUCCCCCAGUGUUGCGCAACAGUGUUUUCAGCCUUUCCAACCAAGUAGAGCAGCCAGACAACAGGCCUCCUGCGCGCUGGGUGGCAGGUAGCUGGGGGCCUUGCUCGGUGAGCUGUGGCAGUGGCCUACAGAAGCGAGCAGUGGACUGCCAGGACUCUCCAGGGCAGCAAGGAGCCUCUGCUUGUGAUGUAGACCAUCGGCCAGUGGAGAAGCGAGCCUGUGGGGAACCCUGCCCAACCUGGGAGCUUGGCAACUGGUCGCCCUGUUCUAAGAGCUGUGGUCGUGGAUUUAAGAGGCGUCCACUUAAGUGUGUGAGUCACGGAGGCAGACUGCUGGCUCGGGACCAGUGUGACCUACGCCGCAAGCCCCAGGAAUUAGACUUCUGUGUCUUGAGACCCUGCUGAGGGGUACUGUCUCUUCUACUCCUUUAUUCUCCACCCGCUGUUGUGCUGGUGCCGUGGUCAGCUGGAGCAGAGGACAGCGGCCAGUGGUCUGUGUCAGUGUCACUCACAUCCAGAACAAGGAUCAUGGGUUUGGGCGAGAGGUUCCUUCCUCCUUGGACUGGGCAGGGGGAAGCUAACUAAUGCAUAGUCUACCUCAUGCCCUGCUCCUCGGGCCCUGUUGUGGGGAGAGGCUUCAACAGAUGGGUGCUGGGCAGAAGGUGCUGAAGGCCAGCUUUCAAGGAACCUGGAGGUUGGGUGCCUUCCAGGCAGAACUUCAGGGACCUUGGCCUCUAUUAUGGAGGUCACAGGCUGCUGGAAGAGCCAUGGCCUGCAGCUUGGCACCCUCAGGUGAUCCCAGGAGCUGUCCCUGAACAAGGCAGGGGUCUGGUGGUGCUUUCUGCCUUUUUUCUUUUUGACUGAUGUGGACCUAACAGGAAAACUGUUCAGGGGUUACUAGAAGCCAAAGGAACAGUGAGAUUGGGUUCGUUUGGGCGCAGUUUCCCUGUUUGCUCAUCUUCCAUCUUGGCCCUCCUUGAAAGACCAGCACUUUGUAACCUGGAUGGCCAGGACAUUAGACCAGCUGCAGAAGCAUUGCUAUGGGCCCUGAUGCUUUGAAGGCAGCCCAAGAAACUACAGGGACCACUGGUUGAUCAAGAGAGAGCAACUAUGACAAACAGAUGCUUGCCACGUCAAAGGGGAGAUGAUUUGGUGGCUGAAGCAGGGAACACAAAGGCUCUAGAGGAUUCUGCUCUCAGUAGGGUUAGGAUGAGUAGGUGUUGAGCUGUGGGGAUCUGACCUUGAAGAAUGUCAUCCUGGGAUAUCGAAAAGGAGUUCUGACACUUUUGUCAUCUAGAGAGGAACAUGUAAGAGAGGCUGAUGAUGAAGAUCAUGCACUGCCCUAGUGACCAUGGACCUUCCAAAGUGACAAUACCCAGUGUACCCACUAAGGGGGAGUGGUUGUGCCUGGGAGGGUGAGGUGCUGAGCAUCUGUAUGUUGGCAAGUCAGUCUUCUAUCCUGGCAGCUCCUGCUGUCUCCUGUGGGCAUGCUACAUUACAUCUCCUAGCCUUCACCUCCCUGGUAGGUAAACGGGGUUCAUUGUUUGCUACCUCAGAUCAUGCUCUCUAGGACAGAAGUAACUUGGUGCUAUCAUCAGUCUCAGCUGGAUGUGCCCAGCCAUAGAGAUGAGUUUGUUCCUAGCUUUCCUACUUCCCACAGCCUGGCUAUCAGCAGGGGGCUCUAAAUACAAAGUCAGAGUUGAAUAGAGUGUCUUUUUCCUCAGGUUCCUUGGGAUCAGGUUUUAGGAAACAUUAAGAAUCAAUACUCUGACCUCGGGACACUCAGAAGUCACCGGUUGGGACUACUGGAGACUCGUUUGUCAUCCAUGUAGACAUGACAGUGAAAUAGAAAUCCAGGCGUUUCUUAAAGCAGGGUAUUUCUUGAAGACCUGGAAGCUCCAGUGUAGAUAGGGCAUCUUUAAAGAAUCGGCAGUGCAUACAAGACUUUAGUAGAGGAUUAGAUGGAGACAAGACCAAAACCUUUGUUUUCACUGUGUGUGUGUGGGUCUUUGUUAGUCCUUUUACAUGUUCCCUAGUAGUCAGAAUCCACAUACCAGCCAGUGGGCCAGUUUAGCCCCUAGAGCCGUGGUUCUCAACCUUCUAAUGCUGCAACCUUUAAUACAGAUCUUCCUGUUGUGGUGACCUCCAACCAUUAAAGUAUUUUCAUUGCUACUUUAUAACAAAUUUUGCUACUGUUAUGAAUCUUAAUGUAAAUUUCUGUGUUUUCUGAUGAUCUCAGCAACCCCUGUGAAAGGGGUCGAUUAAUCUCCAAACAGGUUGUGGCCCACAGGUUGAGAACUGCUACUCUAGACUGUUAUUCUAACCCUGGCCCGUCUCUGGGCUGGAGAUCUAGGACAGAGCUCCUACAGUGGGUGAAGGGCAUGCGACCCUCUGAGGUUGGGCUGCCAUCACUGGUGAAAGACAUCGUGAGGUGGAAGGAUUGAGUAUUUCAGAGCUGUAGUGACAAAAGGUCCCCAGGGCAUGAGGCUGAAGGGGAGCCUUGCUAGCUGAUAAAAGCAUGGUGCCCUGUGCUUGGUGCAUUCUGUCCCUGUGAGGAGAGGUGGUGCUAGGCUGGGUAGAAAGGGUAGAUGGGCAGUGAGAUGCCCUCACUGAGGUGACUGGCCUUUAACAGAGUAGCUUUGCUGUCAGCUGUUUUACAAGUCAUUUCAAGGAGGGAUGGUCACUCUUGUUCCUGACACAUGCCAGGUGUCCACACUCUUUUAUUUUUUCUGUCACAAUAGUUUUAUUUUUUAUUUUUAAAAAUUUCUUCUUUUUAAAAGAAGUAUGACGAAGACAACUGGGGAAGUUUGUCUUGCCUUUGAACAUUUUCUGUCAACCGUACUGAGCAGAGAUGAGGUGAAGGCACAGGUUUCUAAUGAUGGAAUAAAAAGUCAAAGUGAUGUCCCACACCUAUGGAGAAGGAUGUUCUGGGGGCUCCAGGAACAUCUUCAUUGGGAUAUGGACCAGUAAGACUUUGGGUUAGGGAUCCCCUAGUCUCUUCUGCCUAAUAUGUGCACUGAUUGGAGGAUUUAGACCCAAAUACUCUCCUCUUAUGGACCUCAUCAUGUUGGGGAGGGGACUGGAAGGAGCCCAGUUUGGAAGUUGGCUCCUGGAGACUCUAGACACUGUUGCCAGAGCCUCUUUUAUUUUGGGUUUGCUUCUUUUGCAUUUUGUGUACUGCAGAAGGAUGAGAGGGUCUGAGAACUGGCUGAGUGUGUAUACUGUGUAUACAUGGGAGUUGGCUGCUGAGGUGACAAUGACCUGCUCCUAAUAAACUUGGAUGUAUUUAAAACUUG